AUGGAGCCACAACCUGAGGCCGGAGCGGCAUCGCCGCACUCCGAAUCCAACCCCGAACCUUCCCCCGCACGCGACCCAGAGACCGACACGCAAAGUACGACCUCGACGGCAUCACGCCCAGUCUCCGGAGUUGUUCCGCCCUACUGGCGUCGCCACGACCGCAACGUAUCCCACGCCUCACACUCCUCCCUCCGAGGCAUCACGCUCGAGGACCACACCGCGGAUCCCGACUCGGAGACUACACGUGGGCUAUGGGCACGCAGUGUCGCAAUUGAUGACCAUGUCGUCGUGCGUGGAAUGACGGGUGUCGGCUCGUAUGUGGUUUGGAACUGCACCAUACAAACGCUGGAUGGUGGACCGAUUGUGAUUCGGAUGAGAUACUCCGAAUUUGAUGAUUUGCGCCAGAGACUCGUUGCCUCUUUCCCACAUGCAAGAAAUGCGUUGCCCGCACUGCCGCCGAAGAGCGUUCUUUUCAAAUUUCGACCCAAGUUCCUGGAGUCAAGGCGUGUGGGUUUGGAGUAUUUCCUCAACUGUAUACUAUUGAAUCCAGAGUUUUCAGGCUCACCCAUUGUGAAAGACUUUUUGUUUGGUCGUAUCUGCUAG